CUGGCAACUGCGUACGUGGAAGCGGCGACCUAUAAGAACACUGAACCAAGUGAUCAGCGCCGCAGUAUCUUCUAGCGUUAACCAUCAUGAAGUUCAUCAUUCUCGCCGCUCUGGCCGCCGUGGCCGCUGCCGUCCCCCAGGGAUACGGCGCCCCCCCACCUCGCUACGGCUCCAGCGAGGAGAUCGCCAUCCUGAGGGACGAGCGCGUGAUCGAGGACGACGGAAGGUACAACUUCGACAUGGAGACUGCCAACGGCAUCGAGGUGUCAGAGCACGGCACUCCCGGAGAGAAGGGAGCCAUCAACAGCGCCGGAUCCUUCUCCUACACCGCCCCCGACGGCACCCCCAUCACCCUGCAGUUCGUGGCCGACGCCAACGGCUUCCAGCCCCAGGGCGCUCACCUGCCCGUGGCUCCUGAGUUCCCCCACCCAAUCCCCCAGUUCGUCCUAGACCAGAUCGCCUUCGCCGCCCAGGAGGACGCCCGCAGGCCCAGUGAGCCCUCCAGCAGAUACGGCGCCCCCUAAAAAAUGACAGGCCGGACGCAGCGAGGUGUUGCCGAAGAUCGAGAUUUUCCUCUACUGAGUAGAAACGACCGCGCGGUUUUUGUUCGAUAGUUUUUUUUUAUAUAUUUAUUAUGACUUGAAUAAAUGAAGUAACA